UCAAUUGAAGUCAACUUCCACCUCCUUUCGGACCAAGGACAGGGCAAAGAAAAAAAGGAAACGGAGGAUCUUGAAACAAAAAACCUUUGUUUUUGAUUCUCUGUUUUUCAAUUGCUCCAGAAGAGAGACCUUUUACAAUGAAGUCAGAGACUUUAACAUUGGUUUUAGUGAAUCUAGCUGGGAUAAUGGAAAGAGCAGAUGAGUCUUUGUUGCCAGGAGUCUAUAAGGAAGUUGGUGCGGCUUUGCAUACAGACCCAACAGGGCUGGGUUCAUUAACACUUUUUCGAUCAAUAGUUCAAUCGUCUUGCUAUCCUUUAGCUGCUUAUCUUGCUAUGCAUUACAAUCGUGCUCAUGUCAUUGCUCUCGGCGCUUUCCUCUGGGCUGCUGCCACCUGUCUUGUUGCCAUUUCCACCACCUUCCUCCAGGUUGCAGUUUCAAGAGGUUUGAAUGGGAUUGGACUUGCCAUUGUCAUACCUGCCAUUCAGUCCCUUGUUGCUGAUUCCACCGAUGAUAGUAACCGUGGCAUGGCUUUUGGAUGGCUACAACUGACGGGAAACAUUGGCUCUAUCCUAGGUGGGCUCUGUUCAGUGCUAAUUGCCUCAAAAACAAUCAUGGGGAUACCUGGCUGGAGAUUUGCUUUUCAUCUGGUUUGGGUAAUUAGUGUUGUAGUUGGCAUUUUGGUCCGUCUUUUUGCUAAUGAUCCACGAUUUUCUGAUAGUGAUACUGGAGCCAAGGAACAGGUUGCACAUAAGUCUUUUUCCUUACAAUUGAAGGACAUCAUAGAAGAAGCAAAGUCAGUCAUGAGAAUCCCAACUUUCCAAAUUAUUGUUGCUCAAGGUGUUUCAGGAUCAUUCCCCUGGUCAGCUUUGUCAUUUGCCCCUAUGUGGCUUGAACUUAUUGGCUUCUCCCAUGAAACAACAGCAUUUAUCAUGACCCUUUUUGUAAUUUCUGGUUCACUUGGUGGUCUCUUUGGAGGAAGGAUGGGAGAUAUACUAGCUAAACGCUUGCCCAAUUCUGGGAGAAUUAUUCUAUCCCAGAUAAGCUCAGGUUCUGCAAUCCCCAUAGCGGCAAUAUUGCUGUUGGCAUUACCUGAUGAUCCCUCCACUGCAUUUAUGCAUGGCCUUGUAUUUUUUAUCAUGGGGUUGUGCAUAUCCUGGAAUGCUCCAGCAACUAACAAUCCAAUAUUUGCAGAGAUUGUACCUGAGAAAUCCCGAACAAGCAUCUAUGCCUUGGAUCGAUCUUUUGAGUCUAUACUGGCAUCUUUUGCUCCUCCUAUAGUUGGGAUUUUGGCUCAGCAUGUUUAUGGUUAUAAACCAAUACCUAAAGGAUCAUCAGACUCUAUAGAGAUUGAGACAGAUAGAGAGAAUGCUGAAUCACUUGCUAAGGCACUUUACACAGCAAUUGGGAUUCCUAUGGCAAUCUGUUGCUCCAUUUACUCAUUCCUUUAUGGCACAUAUCCAAGAGACCGGGAGAGAGCAAGAAUGCAAGCAUUGAUAGAAUCUGAAAUGCGACAACUAGAGGAAAAUAAUUCUCCAUCAGGUGACAAAGAAUCCAAAUUUUGUGUUGCAGACACAAAAGAGCUUACUAACAAGGAAAGGAGUGAAAUUGACAUGGAGUUUGGAGGGGAGGAGAGCCUUAAUUUGGACGAUAAUGAUGAGAAGUCUCUUCUGAAUCACCAGCAUGCUUCUCAAAGUUAGAAGACUAACAAACAUGUAAGACAGAAGCUGAGCUAUCCAAGUUGACUUCAUCUGAAACUGCAAAAGUUAUAAAAGGCUUCAACAACUUGGUUUCUUCUGAAGGCCCUUCAAAUUUUCAUGUGAACAGAAUUUCUGGCCUUCUGCAAUAUAAAUUAUUGUUAAAAAUGUUGGACUCUAAUCCGUACCUCGUUUUCUGGCA